AUUAAAAGAACAAUGCCUUGGAGCAUGCGUUCCUUUUUCUCCCUGGAAAGAUGUCGUGGCAUUUCUGUGUCGUUUCGUCUCUCUUUUUAUCAUUUCUAGUUGUUAUUUCAGCUGAGCCAUGCGUUGAUGUGCAGGCAACAUCAAAGAUCUACUCAACCUCAAAUGUGUUGCUAGCAACCGAAUCUGUUUUUCUGGUAGAAUCUACUGUAAAAUGUAGCAAUAACCCUAAGAAUAUGUUCCUUUAUGCUGAAAUUGAUGGGAAUUUAUAUCCUGUACCAAAGUCAGCAGACAAUUCUGUACAUCAGUUCAGUUGGGUAAAGUCACACAAAGCAGCUAAAUCAGGAUCUUAUGUAAUUAACUACUAUGACGAAGAAGGAUACGCUGCUUUGAGAAAGGCACAACGCUCUGAAGAAAAGUUUGAACAAAAGCCUUUGUUCACUGUAACAUUGAACCACAAGGCUGCAGGUCGCGAAGGCCUGUGGGUGCAAACCGAAUUCAUUGCAGUUACAGCAGCUUUGUUAGUUUGGUGGUUUGCAACUGUAACCAAGAACAAAAUGCAAGAGUAAUGUAUAUGUAUGUGCAUAAUGCAAGAGUAAUUGUUAUUUGUUUGAAUUUUUACAUUGUAAUAAAAUGAAUUAUUGUACACAGUGUCUGAAUUUAUCUGAUGUCUGAAUGCCUUAAAUGGCCUAAUCUGCUUUCAACUUUCAUUGGAUGCACUCAUUAAUUGGGAUUCAAUCAGUAAAGUGGUUCAGCAAUUUGUAACAGGCAUGCAAAAACCCCCAGGAAAUUAGGCAAUUUUUAUGCAAAUUAAUUGUGUAGCGAAUUGAUGCAAUAUAGGUAGACAUCCAUUGCAAUGACCUUGCAAUGCUCAUUACCUGUAUCUUUGAGUAACUUCCAUCUCACUGGGUAUUAAACAAUGAGCAUAAAUUAAAAUGAUGUGAAAAUUGGCCUCAAGUAACCUUAUUGCUUGAGGUUUCAUACCACAACAACAUUGUUUUUACAAAUAUUGGCUUAUGCAUUUCUUUUGAUUCAUUGAAUAAAAAAUUCAAAUAUAUUUUAUAAUGUAAAUACAAAUGUUACAUUACUAAUAAUUUACUGUCACUAAAUAGAUUCUUAAAUAUAAAUUGUAUAUUCAUUUUUUUCAA